AUGAAUCUUCAACCAUAUGAUCAAAAAUAUCAACCAAAUAUAGGUGUUGAUGCUGCUGCUGAUGAUAAUAACAAAGAAGAACAUAAAAGUCCAAAAGAGGAAAAAGAAUUGAUUUUGGUUUACAUUUAUAAUAUACCACCAUGGAUUAAAUGGAGAGAAUUGAAAUCAUUCUUGUGUAAUUUCAUUAAAGAAUCCACAAUAUUACAUAUCCAAAUUUGGCCAAUUUUACAAGAAAAUUUAACAAAUGCAAUAAUUUCAAUAAAUUCAUAUGAUUCUUCAAUUGAAAUUUUUGAAAAUUUAAACAAUUAUGAAUGGAAUGGGUUCUUAUUAUCAGUUAGAAUUGAAUAUGAAAAUGAAAUAAAUCCAAUAAUGAUGCCAAAUAAUGGAUUUAUACCUCCUGCACCAAUCCCACAUCCUGGUUUCCAAUCAAUGCCACCUCCUCCACCUCAAUUCAUGCCUGCUCAACAAGUACUUCCAUACCCAAAUGGUCCUCCUCCUCCUCCUCCUCCAUCUCAAGGCCCACAUUCAAGUGGACUAUCACAUCCAUCAUCGCCAACACCAUAUUAUAAUUUCAUACCUACAUUUUUCCCAUAUAAUCAACAACAACAGAUGCCACCACCUGGAAUCCAGUUAUUAUCACCACCACCUUCAUUGCCACCACAUUUACAACCACAACAAAUCCAUCCAAUGGCUUCAAAUGCAUAUAAUUACUCACCAAUUACUUCAACCCCAUCAAACCCACUUUCAAGAACUUCAUCAUCAUCAAUGAUUUAUAGAAACAACAACAAUCCAUCCUCAUCAUCAUCACCAAGGCUAUAUCAACAACCAUCAAGACAAAUAACAUUACGUCAAUUGAAUUAUCAUGAUAUAACAGACAUUUCAGAGGUGAAACCUCCAGACAAGACAAGGUUAUUCAUUGGGAACAUCCCAUUUGAAAGUGAUUGGAGAGACCUCAAGGAUUUAUUAAGAAGCGUAGGGAAUAUACAAAGAGUGGAAAUACCUAAAUUGGAUAAUAAGAGUAAAGGAUUUGGUAUUGCAAUUUUUGAAAAUGAGAUUGAUGCGAAAAGGGCAAUUGAAUUAUUGGAUGGUGUUAAUUUCCAAGGAAGGUCAUUGACUGUUCGAUAUGAUAAGUUCCCAAGGAUGAAUAGAUAUAUGGAUCAACAGGUUGAAAGGGAUAGUUUUGGGUUGAAAUCUGUUCGGGAGGUUAGUCCUACAAAAGAUGUUCAAGUACAAGAUGAUGGAGAGAAUAAUGCACAAGAGAUCAGUUUUGAUGAUGGUGAGUUUGCUAAAGAGGCUCGUAGUUUAGUUGAGUCUUUGAAUAUUAAUAAAUGA